GCCUUGGCCGCUAGAGUCGCUCAGUCUCCAAUACAAGCCUACGUUAAAUUGUAUUCACGUCAAGCAGUCAGUACAGUGUAUGUAUCGUGCGCAGACGUCCAUCCGUGUUCAAGUGCCUGAGAUUCUACAGAAAUUGUGACCAUAAAGAUGAGUAAUUUCUACGCUGACGAAGAAAGUUUAAGUGCCAUGCUGGAUAUUUUUCGGCAUAGUGAUCUACAAGCACUAUUGGGAGCUUUUGGUCAAGAUAGAGCAGGCCGAAAAUCCGAAUUAAAAGAUCGAGCAAUUGAAUUGUUAAGGACUCGACCAGCUAAUAUUAACAACUCAGCAUAUAGAGCAAGAAUACUUGACAUAUAUCGUUCCUUGAAACCUGAAUUGAUUGCUAGUGAACGUUUUGUACGCAGAUUAUUACAAAAUCAACAACAACAAAAUAAGUACACGAUGACAACUAUGGGUCAAAUACAGGUAGGUCAAUCACAAAGAAUAUUCCAACUACCACAAUAUCCUCAACAAUCAACGCAUGUGGCACGAGCUGGAUUACCUCAAGUUAUGCCCAAAAUGCAAAGAGGCGUGUAUGGUAAAGGUAAACACUUAUCAACUUCUAUUCCUGCUAAUAAUAUGGUCAGUAAUGACAUUCAGUACAUAGCUGCUGGCAAUUAUCAACCAUCUGCAACUCAUACCAUAGUGUCACAUCAAUUACCACCAAAUCAACAAAUGGAUAUUGUAAUACAAGAUGCAUCAAGAUUAGGAACAACAGCUAAUAGAAAUAAUUCUUACAUACCAUCUAUUGAAACUGUAGCCCAAAUCAAAUUCAAAAAGCUACCAUUUUAUGAAGUUAUUGAUGAAGUCAUUAAGCCAACUCUUCUAACUGACACGGACAGAUGUACAUUACUAAACGUUCCUAGAGAUAUGAAAGAAACUACAUUCAAACAUACUCUGUCCCUCGAACACACCAAUGCCGUAUCUUCGAAUCGUUACUUUUCUGAUGGAAAAUAUGAACAUCAUAAUCAGUACCAAAUUCGAAUUUGUCAAUUGAUAGAGCCUGUGCCUAAUGAAUCACUAGAUUACAUGCCUCUUGGACUACACAUACGAGUUAAUAUGAAAGCCUGUCCUUUACCGCCAGUUCCCCCCAAUACUCGACCAAGUAAUCUGACUGAAUCUAGACGAACUGCAAGACCUAUCAAUUGCACUGCAAAUUUCAAACUUUCUCCAAUCAAUGUAAACAACAUCACUAUUAAUUGGAUCCCCGAUGGAAAGAAUUAUGUUUUUGUUAUGUAUCUAGUAAAAAAAUUAACGGUAGAUACAUUAAUGAAAAAACUUCAAGACAAAGGCGGGAAGAGUUCAGAAGAAACUAAAAAUUAUAUAAUUAGAAAGAUAGCAGAUGUUGAUCCAGAUUUGGCUACUGAUACUUCUUAUCGCUUUUCUUUGGUGUGUCCUCUGGGUAAAAUGAGAAUGAAGAUACCUGUAAAAUCUAUUAAUUGUGAUCACUUACAAUGUUUCGAUGCAAGUACAUUCAUUUUAAUGAAUGAAAGAAAACCAACUUGGAUAUGCCCAACUUGCAAUAAUCCAUGUUUGUAUGAUGAUUUACAAAUUCAAAAUUAUUUUUUAGAAGUUAUUUCAAGUCCAACACUUAAAGACUGCAGUAAAGAAAUUGAAUUUUUGGACGAUGGAACAUGGAGAGUAUAUGAAGAAACUAUAAAAAUACAAAACACCAAUAGUACUUCUGAUAGAGUAAAACCUAUUGAAUUAGUAGAUUUAGAUAGUGACGAUGAAAACUGCAUUGAGCUAAGAACUAAUUCUAGCCUUGAAAAUUCUAGAACCCAAGAACCUGAAAACAACUUAAAGUCAUCUUUUGUCGAUCUGACAUCAAGUGGUGAUGAAGAACCACAAACAGAAAAAAUUAAACAGGAAAAUGAAGCCCAAGCAGCUAAUGCUAUUCAAUCGGUCGAUGUAAUUGAUUUAAAACCACAAGCUCAAGUACAGCCACAACAAGCUGUUACCAGUUCUGAACAAGGAUUAGUCAUUGAAAUAGACAGUCCAUCUCCUCCUUCAAGUCCUACCCCUACGACUGAAGCCUCCUAAUUUAUUUUUAUUUUUCAUUUUUUUUUUUUAAUAUUAUUCCUAAGUAAUUUUGAUGGUAUAAGUUUUUAAAAUUAAUGUAGUUAAUGUACCAACAUUAUAUUUAUUAGAAUGGAAUUUUUAAUUAAAAUA